AUGCCAGCUGUGACUAAGGUCGUCAAGGGCAAGACGAGACACCUGUUCGUCAAGCACCACGACGAGGCUCCCAGUUUGCCGCCGUUUUCGCCAUCUUGGCCUGGGCAGGAGCUUCCACAUGAGCCGUCGCCCGAGCAGCCAGCACCUUCUGCCCACACCGACGAACCUGCCAACGAGGCGCCCAAGGAACCUGCGAGAAAAGUGACAGCUGGCGCUGAGACUGCGAAAUCGAGAGAGGAGGAACGCACCAUUUCAAGUUACGUGGCCAAAUUUCUUCGAGCCGGGAAAGAUGGCGGAGGACAAGAGGAAUGCGGGAAGCCAACUUCCGGCACCUCUGAGGCAGCAGCCGGAAUUGCGGAGCCGCCUAAGAAACUAUCCACGGAGAUUCAACAGCGUACGUGCAUCUGCGGCCCCAAGACGAAGAUCCUGCUGCUGACGGUGGCCGGCGUGACGCUAGUGAUUAUCGCGACGGCCGUGGUGACCGCGGUCAAGAACAGUUCGCCCCGCGACGAUCCGGUGAUCAGCGGCCACUUCGGUGCGGUGCGCGGUCAGCGGCUCGUGGUCAGCGACCAGGACCGCCAGUGGGAGGUGCUCGCUUUCCUGGGCGUGCCGUUCGCGAAGGCGCCCCGGGGGGAAUUGCGCUUCAAACCGCCGCAGCCCCUGGCCACGCCGGUAGGGAAAGACCAGCGAGAGGACUCUGCGUCCAGGACUCUGGACACUUGGACAAAGCGGCCACCCUGUCCGCAGCAGGACUUCUACCUGGGCCACCAGGCCGUCAAUACCAGCAACGCCACCGAGGACUGCCUGCACCUCAACAUCUGGGCACCGCCUUCGAGCUGCGGCACCAGCGAAGAACAGGAGGCGUGCGAACUUCGAACCGUGCUCUUCUUCCUGUACGGGGCGGCCUUCCAGAACGGCGGGAAUAACUUCGAGGCACGUUCUCACGGUAACAGCACGACAGGGGGGCUUUACGACGGCCGAUACCUGUCUGCCCUUGGCAACCUGGUCGUAGUCGUGCCGAACUACCGCGUGGGUCCGCUGGGCUUUCUAGGCAGCCGCGUGGGGACGAGUUUUCCCCAAAACUUGGGCCUGCACGACCAACGGCUGGCGCUCGAAUGGACGCGAGACAACAUCGAUUCCUUCGGCGGCAGCGCGUCGCAUCUAGUGCUGGCGGGCCACGACGCCGGCGCGACGUCCCUGGGAUACCACCUGUUCAGCGGAGACACAGCAUUCUGGACGCAGAACGUGGAUCGCUUCAUACUCCAGAGCGGAGGACCCUUCCACAGCUACGAAGGACAGAACGUGGAAGGAGCGCGUCAGCUGAUCGCCAGCCUGCGUUGCCCCGGCGACAUGUCGUCCGAGGUCACGCUCGGCUGCCUCCAGAGAGCGCACACGGAUGCGAUCGCCCGAAGUCCUAUCGCGCCCAGUUUCGUGCCAGUCUUCGGCAGGGAGCCGCUGCCCAGACCUCAGCCGCUGGAUGCGCGGGACAAGUCUAUCAAGGCGACCGGUCUCAAGGGGAAGCAGUUCCUGCUGGGUCGCGUGGCGUGCGAGGGCGCCUACCCGUGGUUCGUCGAGCAGCGCCACACGGGCACGGGCGACCCGCAGCAGAUCGCCACCCUGCUGCUGGGCCACAAGGAGAUGCGGCGCUGGCAGAACGACUCGGGCGUACAUCGAGGCCGCAUCCUUCUCGAGCGCUGGCAGAACGCCACGGGCAUCAGUCUGAGCCUGGCCCCCGGACGCAGAACCUACCAGGAGGCCGUUGGAGACAUCCUGGAAGUGUGCCCAAUGUCCGAGCUCGCCGAACAGCUGUACGCGUGGCACAACCGGGUGCACGUGUACGAGCUCGGCUACCGGCCCAGUUACUCCAGCUGGCUCAGCGAGAACGCCGCCGUCCACUUCGAAGACAUGGAGCUCGUGUUCGGCAUGCCGCUGAGGCCCGGCGUGGUGUCCAGCGACCUGGACAAAACCUGGUCACGCACCAUGAUCCACGUGUGGGCAACGUUCGCGCGAACCGGCCAACCACCUGUUGUGCACAAUUUGAGGUGGCCCAGGUACGACUCCACCCUGCAUACCAUAAUGAAGCUGGGUCCCCAACACGUCACCGAGCAAGCCGAAACGAAGCGGACGCGCUGCAACCUUAUGCGAGACACCAGUGUGCCAUACUGAGCGACUUCACACUCAAGGCUGCCCUCUACUACAUGCUCUUCACAUUUUUUUUAAUAUCUGGUCUGCCAUGAAA